AUGAUUGGAUGGGAAGCAAUGAGCAAUUAUAAAAUUUUUUUGAAGGUUGGUGAAGAGGCUGAACCAAAGUUCAAGCAAUUUUUCACUGCAAAAGUCUUUGCUAAACUCCUUCAUACAGAUUGGAAGAAUUUGCAUACAGAUGGAAGAAAUUCCAUCAUGGAGUUCUUUAACUAUGUCAUGCGAAAAGUCUGGCUUCAUCAAACAAGAAUAGGGCUCAAUUUAAAUGAUGUUGCAGGGCAAGGGCAUCUUUGGGAAUCUGAUUUAGAAAACCACGUAUUGGAACUUAUCCCUACUUUGCCACAAUUAGAUGAACUGGAAAAAUCCUUUUACUCCUUUUAUGUUUGUACAGCAGUUAGGAAAUUUUUCUUCUUUGUGGACCCUAUAAGAAGAGGAAAAAUUAAAAAUCAAGGUAUUUUAGCAUGCAGCUUCCUGGAUGACUUACUAGAGCUAAGGGAUGAGAAAUUAUCCAAAGAGAGUCAAGAAACAAAUUGGUUUUCUGCUCCUUCUGCCCUAAGGGUUUAUGGCCAGUAUUUGAAUCUUGAUAAAGAUCACAGUAAAGAAGCACCCUCCCACUAUGGAACAGCAACCAUGACCAACAUCUUCUUAGAUCAUGUUUUCCAGGAAUAUCUCACUUAUGAUGGAAAAAUGAAUGAAAUCUUUGACAUGAUAAAACCAAAGGAUCCUUUGAAAAUCUCUCUUCAGAAUUUAAUCAACAAUAAUCAAAGAGACACACUCACUACAAUUCUAAUCUAUCUGAAUGACUUCUGGACUUAG